AUGUGCGAGGAGGAAAAUGGUUUCCCAGGGGAUCCAGAUGACUGGCAUAGCGAUGGCCGUGAUCGGCUGGUUCAUGGUCGUGGUGGUGUGCGCCUUGCCCACGUGGAAGGUCACUGCUUUCAUCGGCGCCAACAUCAUCACGGCUCAGACCAUCUGGCAGGGCAUGUGGAUGAACUGCGUGGUGCAGAGCACGGGCCAGAUGCAGUGCAAAAUGUACGACUCCAUGCUGGCUCUGCCCCAGGACCUGCAGGCCGCCCGCGCCAUGAUCAUCAUCUCCAUCCUGACGGGGAUCUUUGGAGUGGUCUUGUCCAUCGCUGGCGGGAAAUGCACCAACUGCAUCGAGGAGGAGCGAUCCAAGGCGAAGGCUUGCAUCCUGUCUGGAGUUUUGUUCAUCGUCGCAGGGUUGCUGUGCCUCAUUCCGGUCUCCUGGUCGGCCAACACCAUCGUCAGCAACUUCUACAACCCGCUGCUGAUAGAGGCCCAGAGGUACGAGCUAGGGACGGCGCUGUACAUCGGUUGGGCCGCUGCAGCUCUCCUGCUGAUGGGAGGGGGACUGCUGUGCUGGAACUGCCCUCCCAAACACGAACACCACCACUACGUCCCCAAAUUCACGCCUGUGAAGUCGGUCUCCACAUCCAGAGAAUACGUAUAAGAUAGUUUGACCUUCCUACACGGACUCUCAAGGUCACAGGAACAGGAAAUUAUAGUUUGCUUUAGGACUUAGAGCAUAUAUGAAAUCACAAGUUGACUAAUGAGCUUUAAUUGAAGUUUGUGUUCCCUGUGUCUGCUUGUGCUGGUGUUCACAUCUCGAUGAAACAACAUCACUUUUUUUUUCCCGCUGUCAACACCAAAACUUAACUCGUGAUUAUAUUUUAUUUUAAAUGUCUAAACUUGACGUCACAUUGAUGAACAACGAAGAUUUUCUUAAGAUUAUAAUUUGGUUUUGUAAAUAUUCAGUAAGAUUAUCGAUCAUUAACAUCUCAACAACUUAGAGUAAAUAGAUGAAUAACUUCUACUUACACCAGAUUUGCAAUUAAAAUAUUUGCUUUAAUAACAAAAGGACGUUUAAUUAGUUGCUCUCUCACUUCUCUGGAGUUUAGCAUAAUAUGUAAAUGAUUUUAUUAUUGUCCUUUUCCUUGAAUUUCCACAUUCAGGCCUAUGAACCUCUUGAUAUUUCUGUUUGCUUGUGAAGGUUGUACUUUUCUAUCGCUGUAAAUAAAGUAUAUUCUGAAUGGA